AUGGCGACGCAUGAGGAACUCGCAGCUCUCUUUGCACGCAAUUUGACCCUUCAUAACAAUCUCUAUGUCGCCCCUGAAGAGAAACCCACCCCGGCUCCAGAACCGAUUACAUACUCCAUUUCCCAGCAUUACCACCACUCUACCCACCUCCCAACCCAACAACCAUCCAGACCUGCAUCCGAGCCUCCCCAGACCGACCAACUUACGGCGGAGAUUAUCCUUGCGCGGCACGGCGUAGAUGUUUCCUCGCUCUUCCCGUCGCAGCUCGAUCUCUUCAGGACUGCUGACCCCACACAACAAAUGCGCCUUGUCGAGCUCUGGCGGAUAUGCCCACCCGACUAUGGCGGACACGCAUUAUCACAAGAUCUAGGAAACUGGCCCAUGACCUCGUUCGAACAUGAGGAAAGCAUGGCUAAGCUUCGAUACGAGCGCCAAAUGAUGGAGGAGCGAAUGGCACGAGUUGGUGGAGACAUGGGUAGUGAUACCAUGAGCGACUCCAGCACCACAGCACCAUUGACGCCGAUUCAAGGCGGGGAUGGGCGAUGGGCCGGAAGCCUGCAGCCUGCAGAGCCAUACAUGACCUCUGGGUACGAACAGCUUGCUCAGCGCGAGUACGAGCGGUCUCAGGGACCAUCCAAAGAUAUCUAUUCGCACUUCGGGACAGCGGUCGGCGGGCCCUCAUACAGCCACUCUACCGAUCCUGUCUACAAGAAUGUAGGCGACAAUGUGGGCGGCGACUGGGGGCAACUUCUCCAGCACCGGCAGAUGGCAAUGGAGAACCAAUACGGUGCGUUCGAGCAGACUUUCCAGCACAACACGGGGGGAAUUGCGGUUGCAAUGAAUGGACAUCGCGAAGACGAGGAGAUGUUGUAG